GUUCAUACUGUCGCUUGCCGUUUUCGGAUGUCGAUGUUGCCGAGCCCAAGCCCUGCAUGAUCCUCAGUCUCUGACGUCAGUUCACUCUUGCAUGCGCCAUUUGUUAUUUAUCAUUUUUAACCACCUUCUCAGGGCCGCAUUUCUCUCUGGCCAUAAUAUUGCUUGCCGUUUUCAUAUAUCGUUGUUUGUUGCCAUGUCUAGGUAUGGACUCCGACAUCUCUUCACGUUUAUCCCUUUUCGCCACCUACCCAGGGCACAUUUCCCAGGGUUCCAUGCCAUCCGAGGUUGCGACACUUCAUCUAGUGCCCAUCUUGCCCUUCUUCUCGAAGUCUUUCGCCUCUCUCCUUCCUUCUUCUAUCAUCUCUCAUCUCUCAACAUCACACACAGAGAUUUCUUCUUUCCUCACCACAAAUCUCUUUACCUUUCAUUGCGCACACAUCAGCCUCAUCCACUAUAUUCUCCUCCUCUUGCUUUUCUUCCUCCCACAACAACAACCACACACCUCUUACCAACACACAUCCUCUCAUCACACAUCUUUCACUUGGCCCCUACCAAUACCUUUCACAUAACAAUACCCACUCAACACAAAUCUACAUCUAUUCCACUAUGAUGAAUCUCGAACUCCUCGAAAGAUUUCGCGGGUCUACUCCAACCCGCAGUGCCUUUAUAGACUUUAUUAACGACGGCAAGCCUGUAUACAGUAGCCAGCACGAGAAACACUCUCCCGAAACCAGCAACACCCUAGCCCACCAUGGCGAGCGAGGAGACAAAGGAGGAAGUACCGAAGUCAUCCAUGUACCCUGAGCUUCACGACCAAGUCGCCGAAAAGCUUAAGGAAGCUUGAUGUCAUUUUCGCAGACGAG